GUCAUGAAGGGUAAACUGGAGAUCCUGGCCAUGGUGCUGGGCAUCAUUGGACUUGUAGGGACCAUAGCCACAGCCGUGAUGCCCAUGUGGAAGGUCUCAGCCUUCAUCGGCCCCAACCUCAUCGUAAUGGAGACGCAAUGGCAGGGGCUGUGGAUGGCCUGUAUAAGACAGGCGGACAUUAACAUGCAAUGUAAGGUCUACGACUCUUUGCUCAUCCUACCAGCAGACAUCCAGGCAGCUCGUGGCCUCAUGUGCACAGCCAUAAUGCUGGCUUUUCUGGCCAUUCUGGUAUCCAUCAUUGGAAUGAGUGGGACAAACAGUUGUAAUAACAACAUCAGGGGCAAGAAUGUGAUCCAGGUGGUUGGCAGUUGUCUGUUUAUUGUCGCCUCUCUGGCUUCUCUCAUCCCUGUGGCCUGGUCCACACACACCAUCGUCAGAAAUUUCUACAAUCCUGCAGUGGUGGAAUCGCAAAAAUUUGAGAUCGGACAGUCUCUGUAUGUGGGCUUUGCCACCUUCAUUUUACUCAUGGUAGUGGGGGUGAUCUUAUUCUUCCAGUAUGCCAGCGACCAGAACAAGAAAGAGGAAGAGUACAUCCCUGGAAGGGAAAAGAAAGCGGGAAUGCCAAUGUUGGAACGGACACCCUCUGGCUCUUACAAGAAGAGUCAGUAUGUCUGA